AUGGCUGGCUACGGGGACUCGGAUACGCAAAUGGGAGGAGGGCCAGGCCAAUACGCGAACCAGAAUGGCACACCACCCGCGCAGCAACACCAGUUGACUGAUCCCGAAUUGCGCCUACAGGAAAAUCUACAGCAGCUGCGCGACGGUGGAGACAUGAUGCACCCAGUCGGUCCCCAGCAGCCUCAGUACCAGCAGAUGGCUCAUAUGGGGCCUGCAAUGGGCGCGCAUCCGCAUUUUGCAGGUCCAACGCGCCCUACGCAUUCCCCACAGCAAAUGGCGCAACAUGUCAUGAAUAUGGACGGACACCACGACCCGUACGAUCCCAACGACCCGAAUCGCAAACGCUCCAAAGUUUCGCGCGCCUGCGACGAAUGCCGAAGGAAGAAGAUUCGAUGCGACGCGACCAGCGAGAACGGCCCAGAAGCCUGCUCUAGUUGCAAACGGACUGGGGCGCGCUGUCAGUUCAGCCGUCAGCCUAUGAAGCGCGGCCCGAGCAAAGGAUACAUCAAAGAGCUUGCGGACCGGCUUAAUUCGCUCGAAAGCCAGAUUCACCAUCCUCCGGCCCAGUCGCAUAACUUCGAUUUCGGAACAUUGGGUGAUCAGCCGUUUCCUGAUACCCAGAGCCCACCACAAUUCAAGCGCCAGCGCACUCAUUCUAUGACAGACGGGUUCCACGAGGCAUUCAGCCGGCCCAACUGGUCCGCACAGGAUCGCGGUAAUGGUGGAUCUGUAGAUGCACACGGUCUGCCUGUACUAGGUGAUCAAGACUCGUCGCUCAAUGGCAACCGUCGUACCUCUUUCGGAGAAAUGAGUUUGGGCGGCAGUCUUAUCACAGGCUCUCACGAAGAGAUUCUCAAAGCGUAUUACAACAUCAUUCAUCCCACGCUGCCUGUCUUACCUCAUCACGAGUCACAACUGAACCGCCUUACAAACUGUCCGUCGAAGCUGCGAGAGACGUUCUUCCUCGUGCUAGAAGGCUGUAUCCGGUCUAUCGCAUCGAAGGCUCUGCCACCUAUCGAUAUCAGUCUUAAUCAGCUGUUGCAACAGUGCUUUACUUCAGUCGACGCGGCGAACUAUUGUCUUCAUGACACGGAUAGUUCACGACGGUUCUAUAACCACUUGGUAUACUGCCAGUCACUGAUCUUGCUUGCAGCAGCAUCUGACAGGCCUGGCCCAAGCAUUAUAGGUAGUACUACUGGACUGCUCGCCCGUGUCUCAGCGUGCAUUGCAGAUGUCGGAAUAAAUGAUGCCAGAACAUUGGCUGGACUGAAAGAACAAGAUCUCGAAGUGUAUCAGACAGCUCGCCGCGUAUAUUGGACUGCGUUGAUCAUAGACCGUUUCCACGCGUCUAGUCAAUCGACGGACAUGAUGAUUCGACGAUACUCUGGAACACUUUCGCGAGACGAUUACUCAGCCCUGGGUGAAGUCGCUUAUUAUCUCGCUCGUGUUGCCCUACUCGUUGGCCGCAUAGCCUACGUCAAUCGCGCAGGAAGCAUCCCAAAUGUUGACCCAGCAGCUCCUUUCGCCUUUUCCGCGCUCAAACCCGGAACCACGGAGUCAGAGUACCUCAACGGAGCACUAGAUGAAAUCAAGCAGUCCAUCGAUCUGACCACCUUGACGAAUAACUCACCCCCUCAUCUGGCGCACCAGUAUCUCAGAGUCUUCAUCGCACGACUUUCAGGGCAGAAUUUGUCUUCAGCCGAGGUUCUCGAAGUCACCAAAGACCUGCUCAGCAACCUCAUGAGCGGCGCUAUCACUCCCUUGCACCACAUCUUCGCUGCCCUAGUCGCCACAUCCCUCACUGAACUAAACGACCGAGGCGAACUAAAAGCAGAAGCAAGCACAACCAUCAAAGAAAUGAGCGACGCCCUAUCAAACGGCCAAAUCAUCCACCGCAGCUCCGACGGUCUAGGCUGGGAAACAGCAAUCGGCGACCUACUCCACAAGAAGAAGUCUUCCACACCUCCCUACACCGGUCCCGAACAAGCCAGCCCCGCGCUCGAACCCAACAUGGCCGGCCUGCAACAUCUCGCUGCAGCCGCAGUAGGGGAACGGGAAGGAACGGGUGAUAAUAACCGGCCUGGAAGCUCUUCGCAGCAGAAGGUUGAUAAUGAUCUUUCGGCUGCUAUGGCGGCGGCGAAUGAGGCUGCUAAGGCGCAGGCGACUGCUGUUGCGGCUCAGGAUCUUUUCCACUAG